AUUAAAAUUGUAAAGUCGCUUCUUCAUGGUUUUAUUUACUAAAAUGACACCAAGAAACACACACACCCUCCAAAAAAAAAUAAAAAAAAAUAAAUAUAGUAUUAAUAAAAUAAAUUGAAUUAUUAAUGUGAUGUUCAAAAGGUGAAGAUCGCUCGGUUACCGUUAAAAUUAAAAAAAAAAAAAUCCAAAAAAAAUCCAACAAAUCUUCCGAACUUUACAAGUAGGAACCACGAGCUCACGAGCGUUUCGGUUUCAAGUCGGAAAUUGUCGAAACGGUAAUUACGAGCACACCCGAACGCAGCAUACCCAGAGAACAAACUAAUGACGUCACAAAAAGUAUUUCGAUUAUCGAUAGAAGACGUAAAAUUUAUAUUGUUAUAGCUUUGAUUUUUUAUACGCAAAUAAAGAAGAGGAAGAGGUGCGAGAUUUUCUGCAGAAAGGACCUUUUGAAAGAAAAAAACCCAUUAGAGGGCUACGUACCCUAAGUGAGAAGAGAAAUGGUGGACUCUGAGCCAACCAAGGCAGGCGUCCAAUAUGUAUGGCGUAGACAAAAUGGAUGGAGCUUACCCAUCGAGAAGUUUCAGAUAAUUACAUGGAGUAUCUACAUAUACUUUAUGGUGUCAACGUUUGCAGUCACCAUUCCUGCGUUUUCUCAAGAUUUGCGACCUGCAGCAUAUAGUUUAAUCGGCUUGGUGAGCAUAAUUAAGCUUCUAAGUUUCUUGGUCACAACGUCCGUGGAUCCAGAAGACACAGCCAAGCAAGGAACUACUUCUGCGACCUGUGCCAAGAACGGGCUGAUAAGCACACAGUGCAUUGUAAGAUCUGCAACAAGUGCAUAGCAUUCCAUGACCACCACUGCAAGUGGCUCAACACCUGUGUGGGCGGACGGAAUUAUGGUUUUUCAUUGGAUGUAUGGCAGUGGUGACCUGGUCAUCACCUAGGAGCAGCCAGUUAUGGUUCUUUGUAAUGUUAGCCAGCACCGUGAUCACGGUUUUCCUCAUUCUGGUAAUGGGAAUAGCGCAAUUCAUUAGCAUCUUUGCUGACAAAAAAACUGGCUAUAUCCUGAAGCAAUACCCAGUGAACGGAUCCCAGGAUCCUGGAUUCGAGUUACUUUAUAUUCCCAUACCAGAAUGGUACAUACAGUGGUCACGAUUCUGCUGGCCAGCAUAUGUAUCUUCAUGUUGACUCCUCUGCUCAUUUCCCAUUGCAACAUCGCUCUUGCGAAAUUCCGUGAAUCUGGCAUACUGUCACAACUGCAACUGAAAUGCCAAAAAUUCAAAAAGAAUCGUGUCGAUCCAGAAUUUGGAGAUAUAGAAACAGGCCUUUUUACAAAUAUUAAUGUGAAGAUGAAUGUUAAAAAGUGCGUCAUGUACAAUGGUGGUUGUGACGUCAAGGCUAAUAAAGCUGGUUGUGAUGUCAAGGCUAAUAAACCUGGUUGUGAUGUCAAGACUAACAAAGCCGGUUAUAACGCCAAGGCUAACAAGGCUGGUUGUAACGCCAAGUGUGACAAAGCUGGAUGUAACGCCAAGUGUGACAAAGCUGGAUGUAACGCCAAGGCUGACAAAGCUGGAUGUAUCGCCAAGGCUAACAAAGCUGGUUGUAACGCCAAGGCUAACAAGGCUGGUUGUAACGCCAAUUGUGACAAAGCUGGUUGUAACGCCAAGGCUGACAAAGCUGGUGGUGAUGCCAAGGCUAACAAAUCUGUUGGAUCAAAAAUUAGAAAUUUCUUCAAUUUCGUUAACAAGGAAAGAAUUCGCCGUGGUCAGGUAAAAAAGAAUGGUGACAACAGAAAUACCAAAAGCGUUGAUGGGACAAAAGAUAGCUUGAAAGGCAAAAAUUAUGAAAAUGAACUGUCUGGGAAAAAACACCCGGCGAAACAUGCGAUCUCCAUGCAGUAG